CUUAAAAUUUCCUUAAUACAUCAAAUACAAUGUCAGUCCUUGAACAAGUUUGCGGUGGACCUGAGCCGAAAUGGAAAGCAGAAAGAAGCAUCUUCGAGCUGCCGGAACAUAAACUGAUCACCUCACAGGAAUGCAUGCAACUGAAGCGUGAGCUGGAAGCCGAGAGGCCAGAUGAGUUCGAGGUUAGUCCCAUGAUCCUGUGCCUUAUGCUGACCCUGUUGCUUUUCCUGAUCGGCUUCUGGAUUUGGUUAAUAUCGCGUAGCUGCCUCUUUUCGCAACCAGAGCCGGUUGCUUUUAAGAGCAGGGAAGUACAUCGCGUUCCCGGAGGUUCAACUCCAAAAUGCAAAAGCCAAAAAAUUAGUUACUUUGAUGAACUGGCGGACUGGGAUGGUAAUCCAUUGAAAUAUAGCGGUUCCAAUCAAGCUCCAGUCUUGGAAACGGAGGGCGAAUCUGUGCAAAAAACUGAUAGCAAGGAAUCGGUUCUCUCAACCAGUCACGCCUUGGCAGGAUCAGCCCUCUGCAGUCCAAAAAGGAAAUACAGGAUCAAGUGGUCCAACUUUAUUAGGCGCAAUCGAAAAAAACAAUCCGAAACUGAAAGCCUACAAUGAUUAGUUGUUGGAAAAAUUAGUUAAUUAAAUUACUAAUUUAAUUUACAGAAAUUCCUA